CCUUGACGACACGGUGAGCUGGUCACGUGCCUUUCUUUCUCUUUUGCGUCAUUUCCGGCUCAUAGUGCCUUCUCUCGGGGCAAGGGUGAGUUAACUGAGUUUCUUGCUAUCGCAAAAACGCAGUUCACUAUUGCAGCUGAAAUCCAUGCUCCCUUUUGUGUCCUUUUAGAGACCAGUUCCGUCUUUGCACGUGUGUGAUGUGGCACUUUCGUGACGUCAUUCGUGGAGGCGUGUACCACGUCGCCGCCCAGUCUCGUCAAUGUAGCUGGCGUCGCUGGUCCGAGCAGUGCACCUUGUAGACUACGCCGCCUCAUUUUCAAUUCUUUAACGUGCACCCAAAGCACUUUACGAGAUCGUUUUGCAUUCCACUUCUCCUAGGAAUGCAGCUGCCGACUGCCGACUGCCAGACUCGAGGUGGGCAGCACGACACCAAAUCCUCAAAGCCGCCGCAGCGAACAGAAAACAGGAUUAGAAAUACGUCUUGUUAAAAGAGGAUGUCGGGCACACGAGGUCUCUGUGCUUGCUCUGAGUUUACACAGACGCUUUAGGUACGCGGGAACAAAAAAAAAAAAAAAAAAGGUGUUUGACUGCUACCGUCAUUCUUCUGACAUGAUGUGUAAAGCUGGAGAUCAAUCAUUCUUAGCCGUAAGCUCACCGAAGUGUUCCGUACACUAAACCAAGCGUACCUAGCCGUCAGGUAAACCGAUGACUUGAGUCCCAAGGAGAAUUGGCGCUCCUCAAAAGCGGCCCCUGUUCUGACAACCUUCAUUUUCUGCCCAUUGGGGACCACAAACACAAAAGCGCCUGGGAGCCCUUCGCUCAACGCCGAAGGCAUGCGCCACCGCGCAGUCGGCAGAACUCCGCAGCUUGUACUCGAAGAGAGCGCGCCACCGUUGUGUCGGCCGGCGCCUCCACGCCACCCCCCCUAGAGACGCAAUCUGUCGGGUCAUCUCACAACAAACGUCCGGAGCUCAACAAUUUGUUCCAGUCGCCUCGGACGGAUGCCGCGGACGUCCGCGGCAAAUCGCGCCUGGGCGAGCACGUGUUAGCACUUUCUGCCGUGCUUUUUUUUUUUAACUUUUACAAGACGACUGCGAGUGACAGGACACAACUGCAGCAGUAAGCAGUCAGCAGCAUACGGAAAGGCCGCGAGGCAGAGGGGACCAGAGCCCUCCUCGUGGUGUCCUGCUUCCCUGAGGAAAGCCCGGUCGUCGCCGGUCGCAGAAGAAGAAGACAAUGCCGGAGAAAGUGCCGGAGCUACCGCCGCGCGAGCUCCGCAACGCUUUGACCAGACCCUCCCCCACAACCUCCCUCUCAACGACCAGCACCACCGCGGCGCUCUCCCCUGCAAAACCUCUUCUCCCGCCUCCUCGUCAAAACGGAGGUAGCGCGUGCGAGUGCGCGCACUCGUGAGUGAAUAAAACAAUGCCGCACGCGGUUUCCUCCUCUCAGCUACGAGAGAUGCCACCGGUGAUGACCCGGUGAGGAGAGCGAAAGAAAGGGGAUGGGGGGGGGGGGUGCCCCGCCACAGGCAACUCCUUCUCCUCAUCGUAUAAAACCGCCCAUGGACCCCGCAUGACACCUUCAGUUUUCAUUGUGGCCCGUCCGGGACUCAUCUUCCUUCUUCACCCUCUUCUGGGUGGCGACGCCGACGGCCCCCGGACUUCGAAGCGCGGGACGUUGUUUCUUAGCUUGUGAAACUCCGCGCCGGACUCCUGCCCGGGCGUCCACGCGCCCCGAAGUUACUACUGGUUCGUCGCCAGCGGUUCCAGUGUGCACGCGCUCAACAUGAGACUCUGGUUGAGCGUGAUCCUCUUCGCUUCGCUGGCGGUCCACCUCUCCGCUCGGCCACCAAGAAGGAUAACGCGACAGUCGCGCAACCGUGGCGGCGGAAGCAGCUACGCGCGGCCUGACGCUGGCGGGGCCGGCGGCGGAGGCGGCGAUGUCGACUACGGCGGUCCAGCACCCGGGGUGACCUUCGACGAUGACGUGGGACCCGACGUAGACCUACCUGCUCCAGGAGCCGGUCCAGCGCCGGGCUAUGGCCCUGGUCCGGGACCUGCUCCGGCACCAGCGCCGAGGCCCAGACCGGCACCAGGCCCUGCUCCUGGACCCGGGCCCGCGCCGGGACCGGCACGCCCAGGUCCUGGCGCCCCAGCCCCUGGCGGUGGCGGCGGCUACGGCGAUGGCGGUUACGGUGGUGGUGGAGCAGGCGGAGCAGGCGGCGCAGGCGGAGCAGGCGGCGGCGGCGGCGGAGGAGGAGGAGGUCACGACGAUGGCCAGUACCACGGCCACGAUGACCACGGCGAGUGGCGCCUGGAGGACGCCAUUCCCGGCACGCCGGAGACUGACUACCCGACUUUCACCACCAUCCCGCAGACCAGCUUCGACUGCAGCGCGCAGGAGUUUCCGGCCGGUUACUACGCUGACGUCGAGGCGCGAUGCCAGGUGUUCCACAUCUGCCAGUCGGACGGUCGCAGCGACGCCUUCCUCUGCCCCGUGGGAACCAUCUUCAACCAGCGGUACUUCGUCUGCGACUGGUGGCAGAAUGUGAACUGCGACGAGGCGCCCAACUAUUACAAUCUCAACGGCGACCUCUACAAGCCCGGGCCCUCGUGGAGUCCUGGCGGUGGUGCUCCCGACGGACAAGGAUACGUUCCACCGGCACCGGCUCCAGCUCCACCACCAAGACCAGGUCCUGCGCCAGGUCCAGCCCCGGCCCCGUACCCCGGCCCGGCUCCAGCUCCUGCUCCAGCCCCGGCCCCGUACCCCGCCCCGGCUCCAGCUCCAGCCCCAGCUCCAGCUCCGUAUCCCAGCCCAGCUCCAGCGCCAGCACCAUAUCCCGGUCCGGCUCCAGGUCCUGCUCCGAGUCCAGGGCCAGCACCCGAUUAUGGAAGGCCCGAGACGCCUCAGCCCGGACCUCCGUCGGAUUACGACCAGGAUGACUACGAUCAGCCAGCGAGAGGCUACGGAGGAGGAGGCCGAAGGCCACGGGCUAACCUCGCGCAACCCAGCGACUGGAACGCCGUGUACUACUACGACCAACCCGACCAGGCAGAACAAGGCCGUUCAGAGGAGAGCGAACAGCGCAGCGUGGAAGGAGAGUAUCAGGCGUAGGCAUGAGGGAAUUCCGGGUUGUGUAUAAAUCAGUUUAGGUGUGAGGGUGCGCUGCCUGCUUGAAGGGGCUGGGCCGCAGCUUCCUCACCUCCCCAGACGUCGAAUAGUGAACCGGAGGAGAGUGAGACAGGAAAGAAGGGUGCGAAACGCAACAACGAAAAUUGGUCUGAGUAUAGUCAGCCUGACAUUGUAAGAAAAACUAGAGAUAAGGUUUGGGGGCAUUGCAGUUAGUGCACGCUGUCUUCUGGUUGUAUUUUUUUAAGGUAGCGUCCCUAAAACAGCGUUAGUGAGAAGCUGAACAGAUGUGCACUGCCCUUCAGUCGAAGUUUGUGAAUUGACCUCACCACUUUGGGCCGCACGGUCAGGACGCUCGCGUAUUGCCGAUCAUGACGGCUGAACGUGGAGAGAGGUAAAGAAAAUGGCGCGCAUAAUGCGUGCCCAAUGUCGUGCACGUGUAACGGCUUAAUUAAUGGUGCUCCCGAGGAGUGGCCCUUUCUGUAGCUGGACAGGCGGCCCAUUCUAGCCAUUUGCAGCUGUGCAUACGGCACCUUACGAGGUUCUCCCUCUUCGCGUACGACCUGGAUGAUCCGUUGAAGCCACGCUUCUGAUUUCUAGGCAUGCUGGUAGCAAAGCGAUUGAUCGUUGACCGGUCGGCCCUUAUCGUGGAAGUGCACUUUGUUUGCACAAUAGGCCUUACGUUUGACACCAACCGUGGUACACUCACUGUCAGUGGUUGAAAACUUUGGGGUCAACAGUUCCGGCCUCAACAAUGGGAACUUUCUGAGUGGGGUGAAAUUUGAUGUAACAGACUCAGGCGUUGACAGUGCGCCCGGUAGGUCAGGGUCUUUUUUGCAAUGCCGUACGCGUUGUGACGACUCGGUAAACUUCAAUAUUAUGCCAGUCCUUUCAUACUUCCGUUGAUGUUCCUUACUGUUUCGUCUACCAGUUCGUUUCAAUGGUCGACAGGUUCAACUCGUUCGCCAAUGCCUUUUUCUAUGCUAAUUAGCCCUCCUAGCUGCGCUCCUGGCUGCAGUAACCGACCUAAGUAAAUUAAAGAGAUUUAACAGGAUGCGUGCACAGCGUGACUAGAAAACAAAAGUCCAAUGAAAAAAAAAUAUUGUGUACGUCUUAUUCAGCAAAGUGAAUGGCUUGUCUUUUCUUGUUACAGCUUUCAUUGAGACAUGUAAGGUACAGUGCAUGUUUGCUAUGUUCUGGUCGUCCACACGCCGAGGAUUUUCGCAGACGUGCGGGCCCAUAAAUUUACAUAUCUCAGUGUUAGAUACACGAAGCACAAUUACGCAGUCGUUGUGUCAGACGUGCAAUACGGGCAGCCAUAACUGAGUCUUUCGAAGCAUUCCCACACAGCAGAACACUCGCAUGGGUCACCCUCUGGAGCGUAAGUGAUGUCUUGAAGGUGUGUGAGAGAAGGUGGCCACAUUUCACGUCGUCUGCGCAUCUCCACGCGACGCGCCAACACUAAUUAGCCACAUGUAUGCCGGUGUUCAGACUUGCGGGUCAGCUGAACCUAUACUUGGGCAAUUUCCGUGCGCGCGGUUACAUUUUGCUGUACCGUGUUUUGAAUGCUCCGUUGAGGCCUGCUGGCGGUAUUUCUUUCUUUCUUUCUCUCUCUGUCUCUCUAGCGUCCGUGACAAUGCAUGCCAUGGCGCUGGCCGGACUCUUAGCGAACGGCCAGGUUAUCUGCUUACCAGAUUUUCAGAGUUUAUGUGACGUUAAGAGACCUCCUUUCUUGUUUCCUGUUUUUCUUUUUGUUAGUUAACCUUUACUAACCGUAUUUAAUUGUUGCAUAUGCUCGUGUGCUAUGGUUAUUUCCGCGAGCCCCCCCUUCCCCCUUUCCCCCUCCGUCCAUCCGUCCGUCCGUCGCUCGCUGUCACCAGUAACAAAGCUGUUGCCAACCGAAGCAUGACAGGUUGAUUUGAUGGCGCAUUAACUCAUCGCAAUAUCUUGACAACCUAUGACUGAGGUUCCCGUGCUUUGUACAGAUCAGUUUUAGCGUGAUAGACAUUGUUGAGUUUUGUUUUGUUUAUAAGAGCGUUUCUUCUUCGUGUUCUGUCGUCGGCGCUUUUCGGCUGCAGCGUAUAUGUGUGUUUGUGCGCCUGUAUCAUAACAUUGUGUAACAAGUCACCUCGCUGCCUUCUUGAAUACUGUGUAGAUCCUUUGAUGUUGCAAUUCUUCUCGUCAGGUCCUAGUAUACGCGCGUCUAUCGAGAUCUCCGCUGUUUCUUUGUUUUGUUGCUUUUGCGAGAACUUCUGGCCACGAGUGACAGAUGCAACGGCGUCGGAACGGUUGUGCUGGCAGACUUUUCUUAUCCCCUGUUCAUAGACUGAAUAAAGAAUUUUCCUGUG